AUGACGCUUGUAUUCCUCGGGAACUCUGCUCUACGUCGAGUAUCCAAGUCAGUAGCUGAUGUACGAGCUCCAGCAAUUCGGAGAAUUUUAGAGUCAAUGGAGCAGGAAGUGCGUCAGGAGACCGGUGUAGGUAUCGCAGCACCUCAACUUGCCCACAACCUGCGCAUGUUUCUUAUGAUCAAGAACAUGCCGGAAAAUGAAGAUGACUUGGACAAUGUAAAGUAUCAGGAGGUGCUCAAUCCGGAUAUCGUGGCCAUGUCAGGUUUCGUCGAGCGCGAUUUUGAAGGCUGUCUCAGUGUUCCCGGCUACCAGGGCAUCGUCAAGCGAGCACAAGAGAUUCGAGUGCAGUACGAAGACGGUCAGGGUUGCAAAAUUCAAGAAACGCUGACGGAUUUUCCUGCUCGCGUUUUCCAGCAUGAGCUUGACCACCUCAAUGGGGUCAUGUACCUCGAUCGCAUGGAACCUGGCAGCCUUAUUCACAACGAAGAAUUUGAGACGAUGGAGUGGGUUGACAUUCAAAAGCUGCUGCUACAAGGACCGCCAACGAUUCCUCCUCUCAUGGCAUCGAUGCUUACGAAAACUGAUAGUAGUCGUCAACGAAAGGGCAAAGACAGUCGCAGGAACAAGUAUUAG